AUGCCCGCCGAGUCCGAGAAGGCACCCGGCGGCACCAACUCUUCGCAGUUCUUUGUGCAAGCGCGCGAGAACACCCUCGUCAAGUUUGUACUUUACGAAACCAAGCCCCGCUACUAUCUCGUGGGCAGCAACCGACAAAAGACGUGCUUCAAGGUGCUCAAGAUCGACCGCACACUGCCCCAUGACCUCGCCUUCAUGGAGGACCCCGAGGUCUACUCGCGCGCCGAGAUUCAGCAGCUGUUGGAGAUGAUCGAGCACGGCAACAAGGCCUCCGGAGGCAUGAAGAAGACCUGCGUCGCCUUUGGCGUGUUGGGUCCGUCGCAUGGCUACUACAUGCUCCUGAUCUCGCGCAAGAGCAAGGUGGGCGCCAUUGGCAGCCACUUCGUGUACUCUAUCGACGACACCAUCUACGUGCCCAUCCCCCACCCGAGCUACAAGCUGAACAACAACCCCAACGAAGAGAUGCGUUACAAGGGGCUCUUUUUCGGAAUGGACGUGACCAAGUUCUACUUCUCCUACACUUACGACAUCACUCACACCCUCCAACACAACAUGACUUGCCGAUGGAAGAGCACCGGACCCUCGUUCAACGCGCGGUUCAUGUGGAACAACUACCUCCUCAAGCCCCUGCGCAAGAGCAACGUGUCCUCCCAGUGGAUCCUGCCCGUGAUCCACGGCUACUUCAACCAGACCAAGUACUCCGUGUUCGGGCGCACGGUGAGCUUGACCCUGCUCUCGCGACGAUCGCGCUACUUUGCCGGCGCGCGGUUCCUCAAGCGCGGCGUCACCGAGGAUGGCAAGGUGAGUGCGGGGAACAAGAGCUUCCGCAACUUCUCGUCGUUCGUGCAGAUCCGGGGCAGCAUCCCGCUCUUCUGGUCGCAGGACACCACCGGCAUGCACCCCAAACCACCCAUCAUCGUUCAACGAGUGGACCCGUACUACAAUGCCACGAUCCUCCACUUCGAGGACCUCUUCCGCCGCUACUCGUCCCCCGUCGUCAUCGUGAACCUGGUCAAGGCGCAGGAGAAGAAGCCGCGAGAAACGAUCCUCCUGAAGGAAUUCGGCGCCGCCAUCGACUUUCUGAACAAUCUCCUCCCGCCCGAGCACCGCAUCGUCUACUACGCCUGGGACUUCCACAAAGCCGCCAAGAGCAAGCAGCAGAAUCCGAACGAGCCCGAUGCCAUUUCGUACCUCAACGGCCUCUUCAGCAGGUGCCUCUCCAAGGUGGGCUUCUUCCACAGCGGCAAGCACUUCAAGGAUGGCGAGGAGACGGGACGAACGCAGAGUGGCGUGGUGCGCACCAACUGCAUCGACUCGCUCGACCGAACAAACGCCGCACAGUUCGUGCUGGCCAAGUGCGCGCUCGGCUAUCAGCUGCACGCGAUGGGCAUGCGAGACAUCCCCGAAGUGGACUUUGAUGAAGAGAUCGUGGUGCUCCUCAUGGCCAUGUACCAGGACAUGGGCAACCACAUCGCCCUCCAGUACGCCGGCUCCCACCUGGUGAACACGAUGCAGACCUACAGCAUCAACAACGCGCACAACAUCGCCUCGCACUCGCGUGACCUUCUGGUGACGAUCAAGCGCUACUACUCCAACUCGUUCACCGACGCCGAGAAGCAGGACUCCAUCAACCUGUUCCUGGGCAACUACAUCCCCUGGAUACAGGCCCCGCGCGACGGCCUCCACCUCUGGGAGCUCGAGUCCGACUACUACCUCCACAACCGCAAGUGCGGCGAAAACAUCCUCCUCGCAGCCACGCCCUGGUGGCGAAAGCCGAUCGAGGACUUCAAGCGGGGCGUGGACAAGGUCGGGCAGCAGGCCGCAGAGGCCGACGACAGCCGGACCUCGUCGUCGUCGUCGCAAAAGAAACGAGAGGAGGAGGAAGAGGCCAAGAAGCGAGAGACGACGGAGACGGAGAUCGACGACCCCGAGGCUGGCGACGCCUCGAGCAGCAGCAGCGACGGCGAGGCGCCCAACAAACAGAAGAAGAAAAAGAAGAAGACCUGGGAGGGCAAGGGCGGAAGCUUCGAGGACUUCUAUCGGGUGCACACCAUCACACUGUUUGACAAGGAGCUCUCCUUCAACUUCAACGAGGCCGAGCUCUCGGAGAGCUCUCAGCUCCAGCUCCAGCAGCAGAAGGGCGCGAGCAAUGCGGGCGAGCUUCAGCAAAAGGUACCGCAGAAGCAGAGGGUGACGCUCAAGACCUUCAUGGACCAGAACAACCCGCCCGGCGCCCAGUACAUCAACGGAAUGAAGCGGUGGCUGAGCUGGUGGGCGCAGAGCCGCGACCCCAAGAACAACAAGGACUCCCGCGAGUCCUCCGCCCGAGAAAAGGUGAUGUGCGGUGUAACCUCUGGGUUUAACAAGCGCCAAGAAAGCCGGAGCAGGGAGGUGGUCAACGACUACGGCAUCUCCAUCCGACAGGACCCGCGCGAGGUCGGAUUCUACAAGAAGUAUGUGGACAUGAACCAACUGUCGACGGCGACUGAAGGCACCGAGGACGUGGCCAAGCCGGAGGACCCCGACCACACGAUGGACGCCCAGAUCUACCGCGACUACAUCGGCGCGAAGGACGACCCGGGCCGCUUCAUCUGCUGCUCCCGGCCCAACCUCUCCUACGAAGCUUUCCUCGCCCAGGACUUCUCUCACUACGCCCCCUCCCCACAGUUUUGA